GCGGAGGGCUAUCUUGAGCUGUCUGUGUGUUGCACCGCGCGAUGCCCAAGGCCAAGGGAAAAACUCGGAGGCAGAAGUUCGGUUACAAUGUCAAUCGAAAGCGCCUGCACCGGAAUGCGAAACGGAAGGCGGCGCCGCGGAUCGAGUGCUCCCACAUCCGACAUGCCUGGGACCACGGAAAAUCGGUGCGGCAGAACCUGGCCGAGAUGGGUUUGGCCAUGGACCCCAAUAAAGCUGUUCCCCUCCUGAAGCGAAAGGUGAAGCCCAUGGAUGUGGACAGCGUGGAGAAGAGUGCGGUGCUGGUGCGGAAGCCCUAUGUUCUCAAUGACCUGGAGGCUGAAGCCAGCCUUCCCGAGAAAAGAGGAGACACGCUGUCUCGGGACCUCAUCGACUACGUCCGCUACAUGGUGGAGAACCACGGCGAGAACUACAAGGCCAUGGCCCGCGAUGAGAAGAAUUACUACCAGGACACCCCCAAACAGAUUCGGAGUAAGAUCAAUGUCUACAAGCGUUUCUACCCUGACGAGUGGCGGGCUUUCCAGGAGUCCUUGCAGAACACGAAGAUGGAGGUGGAGUGAGUUGAGGGGUUGAGGGGGGGGGAGUGCCUUCACCCCCAAGCCCCACCCCUCACUCCCUGCUUCAGACCACUCCCUCGACCCAAGCAGCAGCAGCAGCCUCACCAGCAGUCAUAAGCCAGGAUUUGCAUCCUGGAGGAGGUGUGGCAGCAGAUGAGGUGGGCCACACCCGGUCGGACCUUAGCUGCCACCCACAAAGCUCCUUUCUGGGGGCCCAGAGACUCCUUUUGUUCUCAUGGGGGCGGGGUGCAGGGAAGG